GCGCACCGGCGGGGGGCGGCGGCGGCGGCGCUGCUGCUUCACCCCCCGCACCCCCGGCCCAUCCCGCACGGCCCGCGGGGCUCCUCCGCCUUCCCUCCCGCUCGGUGGAGCCUUCCCGGAGCCCUCGCCGAGCCCGCCCGGAGCCCGCCCGGUGCCCGCCAUGCUCUCCGGGGCGCCGCCGCCGCCCGCCGGCUUCCCCAGCCCGGCCCCGCCGCCUCAGCCGCCGCCGCCGCCGCCGCCCGCCGCUCCCCCUCACGGGCCGCCGCCGUUCCCGGGCAAGGGCGGCCUGCAGAUCCGGAAGAAUGCCAUCACGGACGACUACAAGGUCACCACGCAAGUGCUGGGGCUCGGCAUCAACGGGAAAGUUUUGGAGAUCUUCAGUAAGAAGAGCGGCGAGAAGUUCGCGCUCAAGAUGCUGCAGGACUGCCCCAAGGCCCGCAGGGAGGUGGAGCUGCACUGGCGAGCGUCGCAGUGCGCGCACAUCGUGCGCAUCAUGGACGUCUACGAGAACCUCUACCAGGGGAGGAAGUGUCUGCUCAUCGUCAUGGAGUGCUUGGAUGGUGGGGAGCUCUUCAGCCGCAUCCAGGACAGGGGAGACCAGGCCUUCACAGAACGGGAGGCUUCGGAGAUCAUGAAGAGCAUUGGGGAAGCCAUCCAGUACCUGCACUCGAUCAACAUCGCGCACCGGGACGUGAAGCCAGAGAACCUCCUGUACACCUCCAAGCGGCCCAACGCCGUGCUGAAACUCACCGACUUCGGCUUCGCCAAGGAAACCACCACGCACAACUCGCUGGCCACGCCCUGCUACACGCCCUACUACGUGGCUCCAGAAGUGCUGGGCCCAGAGAAGUACGACAAGUCCUGUGACAUGUGGUCCCUGGGUGUCAUCAUGUAUAUUCUGCUGUGUGGGUACCCCCCCUUCUACUCCAACCACGGCCUGGCCAUCUCUCCUGGCAUGAAGAAGAGGAUCCGGAUGGGCCAGUACGAGUUCCCCAACCCCGAGUGGUCCGAGGUGUCAGAGGAAGUGAAGCAGCUGAUCCGAAACCUGCUGAAGACAGACCCGACCCAGCGCAUGACGAUAACGGAGUUCAUGAACCACCCCUGGAUCAUGCAAUCCAUGCAGGUGCCCCAGACCCCGCUGCACACCAGCCGUGUGCUGAAGGAGGAGAAGGACCUGUGGGAGGAUGUGAAGGAGGAGAUGACCAGUGCCCUGGCCACCAUGAGAGUGGACUACGAACAAAUCAAGAUCAAGAAAAUCGAGGAUUCCUCGAACCCUCUGCUGAUGAAGAGGAGGAAGAAAGCCAACCCCCCCGAGCCCACCACGCUGCCCCACUGAGGGCCCUGCCCACCAGCCCUCCAGAAAGCAAUAACUAUAAAUAUAUAUAUAUAUAUAUAUUUUUUAAGGAAAAAAAAAGACAAAAAGAAACAGACUGUUCUAUCGAGCGCAUGGAAUUCAGACAUUUAUACCAGACUAGUUAUUUUUAGCUACUCACCUGUGUUUCUGACCUUUCUGGAGCAGGUGGUGAGAUCCUCCCCCCCCUCAGAUCCACACCUGCAGCCAGGGAUUUUUUUGUCCUGUAGGUGAACGCCGCCAAUAAUUGGAUUUUUAUUUUUCUUUUGUGAAACAGUUUUGAUUUAUAUAUAUAUAUUUUUUUUUUUCUUUUCCUCCUCCUUCCUUCCAAAGACAUGGAAACUCCUGUGGUGACCUUUUUAGGGUAUAGAACAUAUAAAUAUUUUUUAAAAACUACUGUAGAGCUGAAACCCAGACAGAGUGUUCCCUGUGUGGAUGCUGGCUAGAAGCAGGCUCCAGGGACAGAGAGCUGUCCUGCUGUCCUGGGGAGGGUCCCAAAUCAAGCACAGGAGCCAAAAAGCAGCACCCCAGCCCUCCCUGUCUGUCUGUCCAUGUGGGGUGUGUGUCUGUCUGUGGGCCUGCAGCUGCUCUGAAGUCUUUAGUCCAUGGAUGAUGAUGAUGAUGAUGAUGAUGAUUAUUAUUAUUAUUAUUUUGUCACUUCGUUAAAUGUGUUUGAAUGGGGAAAAACAAUUUUUUAAGGUUUAGUUUUUAGGUGAUCUUUUUAGACACUGUAUGGAAUUUUAAUUUGUUUUGCAAAACUGGUUUUUAUCCCCCCCUCUUUUUUUUUUUAAUUUUUUAAAAUUGUUUUUGUCUGUUGGCUUAUACUAAUCUUCCCAGUCUGCUCUUCAGUCCUUUGGAUUAAAGACACUCAAAGAGUCACAAAGUC